AUGCGAACGUCACUGCGAACGUCACCAGCCAGAGUCGUACGUACUCAAGCUGUCGCACCUCGCGCUUGGCUGCGCAAGGGCGGGCAGCAGCGAGGUCGCGCAGGCAUGACGUCCAUGUCGGCUUCCGAGGUCGCAAGCAGCACAGACGUCGCCCCGGGUAAAGAGACCAGCUUGAAGGUGCCUGUCAAGAAGCGCAUCGUUUCUGGAGUGCAGCCCACAGGAAAUCUCCACUUCGGCAACUACUUGGGGGCCAUAAAGCAGUGGGUCGACAACCAGGACAAGUACGACAACUUCUUCUUCGUAGUGGACCUGCACGCCAUCACCGUGCCUCAGGAUCCAAAGAACCUCAAAGCAGGAGUGAUCAAUGCUGCCGCGACGUACCUUGCGGCUGGAAUAGACCCAGAAAAGUCCAAGGUGUUCGUCCAGUCACACGUAGGUGCGCACGCGGAGCUAACGUGGCUUUUGACAUGCGCAACUCCCAUCAACUGGCUGGAGAAGAUGAUCCAGUUCAAGGAAAAGAAAACGAAGCAGGGCGAGAACGUGGGAACCGGGCUGUUGACGUAUCCGGUACUCAUGGCUUCGGAUAUCUUGCUCUACCGACCGGACCUGGUCCCUGUUGGGGAGGAUCAGCGACAGCACUUAGAGCUUACGAGAGACCUUGCACGCAGGUUUAACGACCAGUUCUGCAAGCGAAGAAGGAAAACCUUCAAGGACCCUCAGGCUCUUAUUGUGAAGGAGGGCGCCCGCGUGAUGUCCCUCACAGACGGCACGUCGAAGAUGAGCAAGUCUGACCCUGUGGAGGGUAGCCGCAUCAACCUCACGGACUCGCCGGAUGUUAUCGCCAAGAAGCUUCGCAGGUGCAAGACAGACAUGCAUCAAGGUCUGGAGUGGGAUAACCCCGACCGCCCCGAGUGCACCAACCUCCUCACCAUCUACCAAGCGGUGACUGGCAAAACUCGCGAAGAGGUCUCCCUGGAGGUUGGAGACAUGAGCUGGGGGACUUUCAAGCCUCUCCUGGCGGAUGCGACUGUGGAGCACCUUAGGCCUCUACAGGCGCGAUACAAGGAUAUCCUUGAGGAUCGUUCGUACCUCAACAAGGUGCUGCGAGAUGGCGCGGAGGCCGCAGACGAGGUGGCUUCUGAGACCUUAGGAUGGGCCAAGGAGGCGAUGGGCAUUUCUUCACUCAAGGACUUCCAGUAGGAGGUCUAGACUAGAUUGUACUCUUGGUUUUCCACGCUUAGCAGGAGGCACUGGGGGAGUAAUGUUUUCUUUGUAAAUGGUG